CCAGACCCCAAGACUUCAACUCCGGCCCUGUGAACUCGACCUGAAGGUUUGUCCUCUUCGCCUUCAUCGCCAUCAUCACCGCAUCUCUAUUUCUUUGCUACAUCGUCUCGCUUUCAAAAUAUAAUAAUUGCGCAGCCCGCCCUUAGUUCUCUUCUCCAUAGAAAGGACUUACGGCGGCCUUGUUCCUUUAUCCGCUUUUCAUUGACAUAUCCUUUACCCCCUGUGGUUGUCUCUUCGAUUCCAGCCUCUUCCGAUCCCUUGCUUCCUGCGAUUCCCCCUUUUGAACUCAUACUCCUCUCAUCGCAAUGAAUACCGGUGGAGAGGAACAACGUUGGCGCCACCCACGCACACAGCAACAAUCUACGCAGCAACGAUCACAAGGUGGAGGCGGGCAACGUCGGAAUGUCGGUGGAAACUCUGGUAGUAAUGGGAGUAAUGCCUGGCAAAAUUCGAGUCAGCAACAGAUGCCAUCUGUAUAUGCAGAAGCUCAUGUUUCUGUGAGGGAAUUCAACAGUAAAGAGGUUGAGGAUUUCUUGAGUCGUGCUUACGAGAAGGAGGUACUCGCUGCGAAACAGAGUGGCGAUCAAGGUCAGAAGCCUAUCAUCUACAAAUCGGACAAGGGCUGGUCCACUCCCAAGAGUAGUGGACCUUGGGGUUCGAGACCAAACGCCAUGGCGUCCGGUUCGAAUUUUGUGAACCAGCUUAGGAGAGGCCAGGCGGGAUUGCAGCAAGGCUCUAGUAAAGAGUAGAAAUGUCAUGACACAAUGCAGUGGAUGGAAAACGGUCUUGCAUUUAGUGUCUGUGGGUUUGUGUGUGGGAGGGCGAUUUGAUGAUGAAAAUUAGUGGGUUGCGGGUGGUGCAAGUGUGCAUGAGUGAGCAGUGUCAAACAAACUUACUUUUCAUGUCUGGAGUAGCGAGCAAGCAAACAAGCAAACAAUCAAUCGGUUCCAAAUA